ACAAAUCCUAUCCCAGGGAAGUCAGUUUUAUGCGCGAACUCGCGGCGACCGCCCCGCGCCGAGCGUCCCUUCCCCUGCCACUGAAUACAACAAAAUACCCACCUUACCGCUACAAAAAAAAACACUGGAACCCAACUCCAAUACCACAAAUGUGCAGUGAACACAGUGCAGUUACACAAAGUGAACAAACAACGAUGUUAUAAAUCCAGAAUGACACGAAAGCUUUUCGCCCAGCGUCUAGCUAUCGUGAAUAAUGACAUGAAACAACAUUUUGUACGCCGAUAAAUCGGCUGUUACGGUGUUCUCUAAUCGAUAGCGGAGCCCGAGUGAGACAAAUGACAGUCGCGGCGCACGACAAUCCUCACCAAUGACAGAUCAACACCACAGAUCAAGUGACAGCGAAGAUAAGACGCAUGUGACGGUCUGUUGUGCGGCAUGGAGCGGCCGCGGUCGCCCCGGCUCCGGCCCACGCUGCGGCACUUCCACAACCAGCCCGAGCUGCUGGGAGGCGGCUUCCAUCUCAUGCUGAGGUGGAUACUUUACAUAUGGCUCGCGAGCUGCGGGCCCCUCGGCAACACCGUCAAACAGGAUGGUUGCAUGUUUCCCUCCCACUGGCACGGGCGCUGGUUCCAGUCGGGGGUGAUCCAGCCCAUCCUCAUAGACGGUGACCGCCUGUCCAACAAGGGCAAGUGCCUGUCUUCAGAGGGGGACAAGUUCCUCAUUGUUGAUGAAAAAGGGUGCUACCGCUGUGUCGUGAUGCACGAGAAGCAUAAAAACGUGCUCCAAUACAAAGAGACAUUCUGCCACCGCCGGGACGCGCUCCCGCACCUCUGCUCGCUGAUCACGGGCGACGCCCUGCUCUACUCCAUGUUCCGGGAGAGUGCUGAUCCCGUCGACUGCCCGCUGAAGGGACCCUUCUCUUUCACUUACAACAGGGGUCACGGGGACUGCAAGAGUCCUGUGUCGUCGAUCGAGAGCUGCACGGAAGACUCUCGACUGCUUCUUAACUACCAGGCCUGUCCCGAUGUGCAUGGCUCCGAGAGCACAGUGGAGGAGCUGGAGUGCCUGGCGACGUGGAAGGAGGGCAGCCUGCGCUUCCUGGUGGGCAAGAUCCACCACAACCACGCCACCAGCAACGAGGACCGGUACCGCUGCUUCGUGUACGAGAAGACCAAUGGAAUCACAUCCAGCAGCAUGAAGGAGGAGAGCUCUGGCGGCGUGGAGUACCGCGUGGCGCAGUCCGGGGACGCCACGUGCAACGGACUGUUCAGCGCCACCGAGGGGUCUAGGACCAUGGCUUUGAAACGGGUGUCAGUCCGCUUCAACUGCCAGUUCCCUGCAUGGAUGACGUUCUCGCACACGUGGCACACGCUGGACUUCAGCAGCAACUACACGUUCUACCAGAAGAACGCCACGCUGCGGAUCACCAACCAGACCGGUGCUGACGUGAAGGUCUACUGUGUGAACGUGAAGGCCAGCUCGCCGAGCGGGAACUCGGUGGCGCUGGUGGCGCAUUGGCAGCAUCAUUGUGUAUCCCGCUACGUGUGUGUGGUGCUCUACAAGCGGGAUACCUUCAUAGCGGAGCUGCAGCGCGGGACGCCCACCCUGCGACCCGACGAUGCCUGCUCGCCGCACCACUUCGACGCGGUUACUGCGCCUUAUGUCACUUUAGUUGCGAGCAGUCCCGAAUCAAAGGAGUGCCCUUAUCCUGGCAAAUACAAAAUACAACCGAACCGACACUUGCGAAGUGUGCGGUCUUUAGUCGGGGAAAGAGAAAGAACUCAUGAUCACAAGAUCAAGAAUAAACGAGAUAAAGCAAUACAUGAACAUAAUCGUAGAAUAAAUGGUACUAGGGUUUUCAAUUUUAGCGUAAGGAAUAUGUCUGAUGCCCCAAUGUUGAGGAGUCGAAGGCAAGUGGAUGACUUCGACAUGGGCCGGUGCUUGGUCAACAACUAUGAUAGGUUAGAAGUUGGCUGCAAUUCAGCGAAGAACAUGGAAUUCUACUCCACUUGUGAUAGCAAGGAAAUGGUCACAGCGUACACCUGCCACGGUGGCUGGUACGAAGAGGGCGUCUCCUUUGUCGUGACGACGCCCGUGACCCGCGACAGUACGGCAGCCAGGAGGUACUGCUUCGUAUCCCGGGACCGCGGUGCCAGCCUGGCCGUCACCCGGUCGGCCAACAACUGCGAGCGCGGCGGCGAUGACGUGGCGCUGGUCUUCAACGCUUCGCCUACGGGUGAAUGUCAAGAUCAAACCAACAGCCAGUCUUUGCAGCGGAUAUCCCUCCCUCUGGCCUUUGCGAUAGCCCUUGUCGUCCUCAGCGGAAUACUCAGAUGAUUCUAGUGACGCGAAUGUAGAGAACAUUAUCGUAUUAUAAACGUUUUAUAAUAAUGAAAUACAAUAUGUAAAGAAUUAUGUACUGGGGCUCCU